CUCCUGGUUAGUUGUAAUUUCCAAAGGGCGGGAAGCCAUUGGGUAGCAUGCUCUGUGGCUAAAUAUGCAGAGAAGUUUUUAAAGCUUCAAAUUGCAGAGGGUAAAACAGUGCUGCAAGCCCAGCUCUUCCCGCGUUUCUCCAGUUAGUGAUGCAGAGACCCAGAGCUUUGUGUUUCACUUCAUGGAUCACAGAAGCUGGGGUCCUGUGUUUUACCUUCUUCCAGUUAGCAGGCUCUGAGUCCAACUGUGAGCCUGGUGAGAGGUGUGUUGGGCAGGACGAUGAAAACUUCAGCAGCUGGUAUGUGUGGUUCCUGAUGUUGUUUUUCCUGGCCUUGCUCCUGUCCUGCGGGAUCUGCUGCUGCCUGCAGUGCUGGCUGAAGCGGCGGAGCUGCCUCCUUCACCCACGCACCCUGGCCGUCUUCGCGCUCAGCAGCUCGGAUGCUUUCUGCGCCAGUGAAGCUCCUCAGUGCCCGUUCUCCAGAUCUCCGAACCCCUGUGUGAACAUGGAGACGUCCUCUCCUCCUGCCCCCCGGUUCAGCCUUGGGGGAACUGAGUUGCCUCCAUCCUAUGAGGAUAUUAUGAAGGAAAACAAGCUCUAGACACCACGCCUUGGCUUUCUGCGAUCCCACCUGGUUCAUCGGAGACCCUCCAUGAUGAUGCAGUAGUGUGGGAGCAGAUCAGCCCUCUACACAGGUUUGCCAAGAGACUGAGAAGCAGCACAUAUUUCAUUUAAACCUAAAAGGGGAGCCAAAAUGCAAGAGAAUAAAUACCAAAAGCACGUGUUGAAUCUGUCACAGGGGUUCAGAUUGACAUUAUGAUACAACUGAAUUUUGAGAAACUCCCUCAAAGGUCUGUCUGUGUUGAGGGUUUCUCUCUUGAAGGCUGCUCAAGCUGGUGCAAUCCCAUGUGUUUUAGGACUGGAUGUUGAUAAAUGACUCGAUAGUUACUUCUCAAGCUUGGGCUGCCUCCUUCACUCGGAACGGUGCCAGCAAACACCCUCUGGCAAAGUCAUGAUGUUCUAAUACAUUGUAAUGCAAUCAUGCCACUCUGCGAUGAAGGAUCAUUUGCCACAUUUAAAAUAUUUAGCACAGCGUAUCAGAUUUGUCUAAUCCAAAAAGCAGUGAAUUUAAGGCCAGAAGAAGGAAAUCAAGGGCUGGAGGUUAUAGGGACAAUCUUGGCAGCAGGAGCAGGCUACAAAACACAAACAACAAAAAAAGCAAGUUUGCUCACUUGAGCUGUUCUUAAUUUCAUGGUGACUGCCCCCAAUUCACUUCUCUUGCCCUAGCAUGCCUGCAGACCUUGUAUGGCCCAGGACCCACACAGCCACUCCCCACACACAGGAAUUACGGGGUCAGAGAUGUGGUGUUCAGUUACAGAAAAUUAUGAGGAUAAAGACUGUCAUUUUCUUUGAAGUGGCCAUUGCAGACAAGAUGGGGAAAGACUUCAAGAAGCCAUCCAGACUGCCGUAUACUCAAUUGGGAUCAGCUCUACCUGAGCCCUUCCUAGGAGGCACGGUCUGCCUUCUUCUCAAAUUACAGAGAAAAGAUGUAGAAUUUCCCCCUUAGCUGGAUUCCAGAUAAAAGCAAAGAUUUCCUUUGUUUUUCACAAGCUGGCCACAGAAGCCUGGGGUCAGCCUGACCUCUCUUCCUCUGCUCUCUCACUGAAGAGGGCCGGGGGCUGCAUUAAGAGCCACCUCGGCAAAUGUCACACCUAGUGCACACUGUGUGCCUAGGGAACUGCGAGCUCUAUGUCACAGUGGGCACCUGGGUCCAUCUUAGGCACCGCAAAAGAUAAAUUGAAACCCACAGCCUGCCUGGUAGAGCAGCUCCCCACCUGUAGAGUGGGGGUGGUAUGAGUUCCCCUGCUCAGGAAGGAAACUGGGAAGAUAAAUCCAGUAAAGGUUAUGAAGUGCUCACAUAUUCUCAUAAUGAGACUAUAUAAGUACCUUAGCUAGAUAAAGAAUAAUAGCAUAUUUUGAGAGACAAAUUCUCUGCCAGCACCACCACAAAUUAUCUCCAUAAAAUCUUAUUUUAGAAGCAGCUUUAAUGUUUGACGCUUGUGUGAAAGGAAAUAAAUGUUACUGUAGCAAAAUGAAUGUUUGUGCCAGCAGGCUGAAAUAUUGCAGGGUUUAUUAAUAAGGAAAAUUAGCAAGUACGGAGUCAGCCAGCGGAGAAGUCGAGCAGUUCCUGAGUCUCCUUUCGCUUGCUGAACUUAGUGAGAAUUGCAGGUGAUUAGCACCUCUCGGGAUCAGACCUCUUACAUACAUAACUGCUUCCACCACUCAACCCCUUCAAUUUAUGCCCUGAAGCAUGAGAUUUGAUUAUGUUUGUCACUUCAGCUUGCUCAGCCUGCUCGUGGGCAUUAAAUCAGCCACCACUUCCUUCCAACCUCCACCCGGCAUUUGCUCCAGUGACCCUUUUGUGGAAGUGAACUCCACAGGCUGUCUGCAUUACAUGCUGCAUAAAACACUGCUGUCUCCUGCUUAUUAAUUGCUCAGCUCUAAAUACAUUGCCACCUCUAAUUUCACUGAAUGUCACCUUCUAAUCAGAUGACUGGAGAGGCUAACAAGCAAGGACUGAUCUGUUUGCAGUGCCUCCAUCACUCCGAGUCCCUCUUUCACAAGGUCCAGCACUCAGCAUUUGUUUCCGAGGUGGUAAAUCCUUCCCCAGCCACCCAACAGAGGGCAAGCGAGACUUUCAGCAGUGCUCCGAGGCGGCUGCUGCUCUUGCAGAAACAUUCCCGGGAGCAGGUUUGUGUUCCUGCGCUACUAGCAUGCCUUCAACUGCAUUCUGCUUCAUCUUUGAGGUGCUUUAAUUAUUAAAAAAGAAAUGAAAUAAUUCAAUCAAAAUCACAGCAAGUGGCUUACAGUAAAGUGAGGUAGUGGUUACAAAGCCAGGCUCCAGCAGCAGCCACCAGCAUGGAGCACCUGCAUGUGCACUGCUGUACUUGUGCAACACAGCAGGAGCCCUGGGGAAUUCCAGCAUCUGCAGAUGACCAGGAGCCAUCUCCACAAAGGGUCCAUGUGGGAUUGU